AACUUCGCACGCUGUGACUGACUAUGAGCCAAAACCUGCCCACCUAUACAGCCUUCGCGACCUGCUCCGUCAUACUCUGCUUCACCAUUGCCUAACGAAGAGACCUUGGAAUCUACACCGCGUACGCCGGGCCAGCCGCCUGACCUUGGGAGCAUUGUGAGAAGAUGGAAUUCACUUACGCUCAUCUUGAAGGAUCAAGACCUAUCAGAACGACAGCCUUCAUACGGGAAGAAUUCAAUAAUCAAUGGAGAGCUGGGAGUUUCAGGGGAAAAGAUGUUCAGUGUAUCGGUCAAGCUGGAGGGUCGCUUAACGCUCUCUAUUGCAGACGCAGGAUCCAGUAUUAUCACGCUCAUCUCCGAAAAGUAUAUCCUGUGGAAACGAAAUGAAAGCUCUUCACCUCGUUGCCCCAAUGUAAUUCCAUUUUCAAUAGUUUUCCCUGCGACGUUCGAAGACAACAAUCGAACGCGCAAAUUGCCUCCGUCCUAUGAGGCACUUUUCUAUGGCACCUCCGCGCUAUGUGUCAAAUGCAUGUACACGUUGAACAUAACUAUCAUCAAGAAACGUCCGCGAUUCUCGCUUUGGAAACCUAACAAGACAUAUCGGGUCCAGGUCAACUAUCGACCUCGUGCACGGCCUAAUCGACCAGUUGUCCGGUCUCCGUCAAUCUUUUCCGUGCUCAAGAAUGUUCCUGAAGAAUGGCAUCAAGUUAUAACGGCGAUGCGAUUCCGACCAUCGUCUGGCCUGGAUCCGAUACAAUGUCACUUUUUGAUACCUUCUGUGCAAACAUUCGGUCUCUCAGACACCAUUCCCAUCCACAUACAGCUUAUUGGGACACUAAAAUCUCUCCGUCAUUUUUUGCCUCCUAGCCAACUUGUCGGCUACGGACCCUCAGAAAAUAAACGAUGGAGUAGAUCAAAGACUGCGCGAGGGCCAAUAGUCCGUGUGUCGUUGAUUCGGCAAACAUCAGUCACCGUUAGUGGAAAAACGUCGUGGCGGAAUCUCAAUCUGGGAGACGGGAAAGUGUGGGCGAAACCUCCACUGGCGUCUCCAACUGGAUAUGUUCUAGACGGAGACCCCGAUAGAGAAGUAACUGCAGACUGGGAGGGAGAAGUGCGAUGCCGAUCAGAUGUUAAAACGUCGGGCUUUAAUAUCGGAAGUGUAACUGUACAGGACUAUAUUCUUUUCAUCUUAACACCGCCAGACGAGCGCGGAUGCCCCCUGCAACCACUCCAACAUACACAUCCAAUCAAGCUGGUGACAGACACCUGGAUGGAAGCAGGUACUCAUCCGCAGGACAUUUGAACUAGGGGUCUCGGGGUCAAAGGGGAGCACGUAUGCUGUACAUACAAUAUUAGUAGGAAUGUUUGUUCCGACAGAAGGCCGUUAUCAGAUGCCCCUCUGUAACACCUGUAUACAAGCUGUGCAGUACACAUGUCAAGGAGAAUUCUAGGAUACGAUUCAGGUAAUAGGCCCGAUAGGAAACAUAGGGAACAGGAGGAUAUAUAGCGAUUGCGGAUCGGGCACGUUUGUGUG